ACUUUGAUUGUUGUAAAGAAAAUAUUAAUGCAGUGAUUAUAUUAAAAUUUGGUGUCCUAUUAUUAGAAUAAAUCGUAAUUAAUAAUUCUUAAUCGUAUUAAUCAUAAGCCGUUACAGGUUACAUGGACAUCUAGACACACUAUAAUUUAAACUUCAAACUAAUAAACGUUUUAACCUAAAAAAUUACAAAUAUGCAUAAUUAGUGCUAGAAUUUGUGCUUUUUAUUUAAUUUUGUGUUUGUUUAAUUGUUUACUGUUUUUAAUGGAUGAUAUUCACGAUUCUACCAUUUACGAUAAAUGUAAAUAUAAAGUAAAAUUAUGGGAACAUCAAUUUAAAAAACAACACGGUAGAAUUCCAUCCAAGUUAGAUAUUAGGGAAGCUGAUAAAGACAUACGAGAAGCAUACAAAACAUAUUUUCAUCUAAAGACUGCUGCUCUCGAAAAAAGUUUACAAGAUGUGGAUUUAUUUUCUGAUGAAGAUUCAUCCUCAAUACCUGAAAGUAAAGUUUCUACUAGUGAGCUAGAAGAAAAUAUUUCCAAUUCUACAAAUGAUAAUUCCCAGAAUAAUAAAGUUUGGGGUAAUCAUUUACUUAAGAAAGAAAAGGAAGUACAAAAGGAAAAGAAUUCUACAAAUUUGAAAUCUUCAUUUACUGAGAAGUUGUUAAAAAAUGCAAAACCACUAAGGAGAUUUCAACGAAAGUCGUUAUCAUUUAAUAAAAGGAAAAGUGAAAAUAAUUUAAAUGAAGAAAAAUCUUUGUCUCAGCCUAAUCCAGUUGAUUUUCAAAAUUGUUUUCAAGGAAGAGACUGCACUCAUAAUGAUAAUAAUUGUAAUAACGAUCCUAUUCUUUCAAAAUGUACAAUAUUUCAAAAGCCUUUGGAAAUUAAAUCAACAAAUAUUAUUCAGAGUAUACUAAGUAAUAAUUACAGGCAAAGGGAAACAGUUGAUAAAGACUGGUUAAAUAGAAUAGUGUUACCUGAACUACAAAGUAAUAGUGAAAAAGAAAACACUGACUAUAAUAGUGAUGAUGUUAUUGCAGAGUCAGAUGAAGAAGAGGCUUUGCAUGUUGUAAAAAAGUCAAAAAUUAUUACAAAUAAACUUUCCAGUUGUAGGAAAGAAUCAUCAAGUAAAAACAUCGAAACAGAAAGAAGUAUAGAAGCCACUAAUAGUUCACAAAAAAAUGUAAAUGUAUCUGAAAAUUUUAAUCCCAAUGAGUUGACAGUUACAGACAAAAAUACAAAAUUAAGGCAUACAUCUCGUAAAAUAAAAUUAGUUAGUUUUAAAGAAAGUAGUGAUGAAGAAGAUGAUCAAUACAUCUUUAAAUCAGAUGAUGAAUCGUCCCAUGAAGAAAAGAAAGAAAAAAUAAACAAAAAGAGGCAUUGUAUCGCUUCAGAUAAAAAAGGAGUAAAUAAAUCAAAAGAGUUUAGCGUGGCUAAAAACGACAAUUACGAGUUAGAAUAUUCAGUACAAACCAGGAUAAGUUCAAAUCCUAGAAUAGAAAAUGUAAAAAAAGUAAUUUCAUCUGCCAUAAUUGUAAAUAAAGAUUUAAAAAGAAACAAAUUGCCAGUUGAAGGACUGAGCAAUUCAAAACAAAUAGAUUCUGUGAAAGAAUCAGUUGCUGAACGUAAACUUUUGAAUAAAAUAGAGUCUGGAAAGCUGAACGAAAAUUAUAUUUCCUUAAAUUUAAAAAAGAAAAUAUUUGUCCGUGGCAAAAAGAAUACAAACUUCAGCAAAAUUAAAAAAAAGCAGUGGAAGGACAAGAAAAAAGAACUGUAUGGAGUAGUUACUAACAAUUGUUCUACUGAUCGUCAAAUGUGCUUCACUUGCGGCGAAUCAGGGCAUUGGGCUAGAAAAUGUCCGAACAAGAAAGGUGAAGAAUUGUUACCUUUGGAAGCUGACACUGAAGAAUGCGUGUGUCCUACAUUAGAAGAAGCGACCGAAAUGGCAAGAACUAGUACAUUGAUAAUUAGAACACCAAAUUUUGAAAAUUAUCGCAGUAACAAAAGUUCAGAAUCUAAUCAGAACGUCUUAACAGAAGAAGGAAUAAACAACGAAUGUGAUGACGCAGAUGAUUUUGAAGAUAACUUACCCAUUGAAUUUUUAAAGGAACUGGACAAGUUGGAAGAAGAAGUUCGAAAGGUCGAUUUGAAGAAAUAUAUCGACAACACAAAAUUUGUGGAAUCGUUUUAUAAAUUGGACGAUGGAAAAAUUAUAGAAACUCCUCAGGAAGUAUUCAAAGCGUUGACAAAAUUUGGCUUUUCGAAAUUUCGCGUUGGCCAAGAAAAGGCAGUAAUGAGAAUUUUAUCAGGUCUUUCGACAUUAGUUACUUUAAGUACAGGCGCUGGCAAAAGUUUGUGUUACCAAUUACCGGCUUACUUAUAUUCUAAAAGAGAACCAUGCAUCACCCUUGUGGUGUCGCCGUUAGUAUCUUUAAUGGAAGAUCAAGUGCAGGGUGUGCCGCACUUUCUGAAGGCCGCUUGUCUUCACACGGGACAAACGAAAACACAGAAAGAGAAAGUACAAGCUGCUAUCGACUCUGGGGAGUUAGAUGUAUUAUUAGUUUCACCAGAAGCGAUAGUUGCUGGGGAAAAGUCUACCGGUAUGUGUAAUUUGAAAUUUUAUCAAAGUAUCAUCUGCCAUUAAUUGUUUCUUUAAAUUAUU